UCACUUAAUGCUCUGUUGUUGUUGUUGUUGUUUUUCUUCCUUCUGUUUAAUGCAUAUGCUGUGCUUUAUUUAGUUAUGUGUUAAAUGUCCAGACCAGCUGCAUCCAUGUGUCGGUUCUCCCGUCUCAUCGCUCGCUGGCCCUCUUCAGCCUUCUGCCUGUUGCUUCUCAGUGUAGUGGGCCGACAGAUGGUUGUGGAGGCGAUGGUGUGCUCCCGGUGGGGCACGAUGGGCAACAAGAGCCUCUUACGGGACGGAGACGUGAUCAUCGGUGGGCUUUUUAAUCUGUAUUAUAUUCCUUCAGCUGUGGAGCAGGACUUCAGCGAGCAGCCACAUUAUGAACCAUGUACUGGUUUAGAUCUGGAGACUUUAAAAUAUAUGUAUGCUAUGGCCUUUGCUGUGGAGGAAAUCAACCGUAACCACACCUUGCUGCCGGGAGUGACGCUAGGUUACCAUAUACUUGAUAGCUGUACCCGAUACCCCUGGGCUCUGCAAGGUGCUAUCUCACUGGUUGGAGGAGACACGCUCAGCUGCAACACAUCCACCCUUCAUUCUCCAAAGACAGCAGCUUCUCAGCCCGUUCCCUUGCUCAUUGGAGUUGCUGCAUCCACAGAAGCCAUAAUGUUGUCCAGGAUCCUGAGACCUCUCUCCGUUCCAAUUAUCAGCCACUUUGCUACUUGCCCCUGUCUUAGCGACAGGUCCAAGUUUCCUAACUUCUUCAGAACAAUCCCCAGUGAUUUUUACCAAGCUCGGGCUAUCGCACAGCUGGCCAUUCGCCUCCGCUGGACUUGGAUUGGAGCUGUGCACGUAAACAACGAUUACGGACAACUGGCGAUACAGGUAUUUCAAGAGGAGGUUAAGGGGAAAGGAGUAUGUUUGGAAUUCAUUGAGCCCGUCAAAAGGCAAACUAUUGCGAGCGACGUCGAGCGGGCAGCACUCACCAUUCAAGCCUCGACUGCAAGAGUGAUUCUGAUCUUUUGCUGGUACACAGAUGUGAAGCAGUUGCUACUGGAACUUGUCAAGAGAAAUGUGACCGGCAGGCAGUUUGUGGCCAGUGAGGCUUGGAGCACCAGUGACGAUCUUCUCCAAGAUCUUGCCAUCUCUGAGGUGGCUAGCGGUGUUCUCGGUGUGGCCAUCCGAAGUUCAGCAAUACCUGGAUUUGAGAAUUAUCUCAGGCGUUUGCAUCCGGUCGAUCACCCUGAUGACAAGUUUUUGAGCGAAUUCUGGGAAUUAGAGUUUGGAUGCAGCUCUUCUUCGUCACUUAGGGCAGAGUCGGACCCUGAUUCUGUUUCCACUUCAUUUUUUAUGAAGGGGGCCCCUCAGAAAGCUUUUCUACCCCCUUGCAGUGGGACAGAGUCGAUGGAGGGAGUGCAGAAUCCCUUCACUGACACCUCCCAGCUAAGAGGGGCAUAUAAUGUCUACCUUGCAGUUUAUGCAGCAGCCCACGCUCUUCACAGCCUCCUCUCGUGUCCAGACAAAGAUCAUCCUGCUGGAAAUACCUGCUCCUCUCCAGAACUCAUCAAACCCAUAGAGCUUUUGCAGAGCUUGAACCAAGUAAACAUCUCCACACCACAGGGGGAAAAGUUUCACUUCCAAGGGGGCGACAUUACAGCAAAGUAUGACCUCGUCAACUGGCAGAGAACCCCAGAGGGUCCGCUAAAACUGGUUCUGAUUGGUCGUGUCGAUGGAUUUGACAUCCACCUUAAUGAGUCAGCCAUCCAGUGGAGCACAGGAUCCAAUCAGGUGCCUGUUUCGGUUUGCACUGAAAGCUGUCCCCCAGGCACCUGGAAGGCCAACAGGAAAGGGGAGCCUGUCUGCUGUUUCGACUGCAUCCCGUGUGCUGAGGGGGAGAUUAGCAAUAAAACAGGUUCCCUUCAUUGUGAACAGUGUCCAUCUGAGUUCUGGUCCAACGAUGAAAGAACCGCCUGUGUCCCCCGUCAGCUGGACUUUCUUUCCUUUAAUGAAACCUUAGGCAUCACUCUGACUACAGCAGCCGUGUCUGGCGCCGUCGUAACGACAGCUAUCUUUGUGGUUUUUCUUUCCUACCGUCGGACGCCCAUGGUGCGAGCCAACAACUCAGAGCUGAGCUUCCUGCUCCUCCUGUCACUCAAGCUCUGCUUCCUGUGUUCGCUGGUGUUCAUUGGUCGCCCGUCCAUCUGGUCUUGUCGGUUCCAGCAGGCAGCGUUCGGGAUCAGCUUUGUGCUUUGUGUUUCCUGCCUCCCGGUAAAAACCCUCGUGGUCCUGGCUGUGUUCCGCUCGGCUCGGCCCGGUGCUGAAUCUCUGAUGAAAUGGUUUGGUCCAGGCCAACAGAGAGGAAGUGUCUGCUUCUUCACCAGCAUACAGAUCAUCAUCUGUGCCACAUGGCUGUCCUUCAGCCCCCCGGUGCCUCAACGUGAUCUGGGCUUCCAAGGGUCAAAGGUCACGUUGGAGUGUGCCAUGGAAUCGGUGGUGGGCUUCUCUCUGGUCCUGGGUUACAUCGGUCUCCUGGCAUGCACGUGCCUCCUCCUGGCCUUCCUCGCUCGAAAACUCCCUGACAACUUCAACGAGGCCAAGCUGAUCACUUUCAGCAUGCUGAUUUUCUGUGCUGUCUGGGUGGCUUUUGUUCCCGCCUAUGUCAGCUCUCCUGGAAAGUAUGUUGUCGCGGUGGAGAUUUUUGCAAUUCUUACUUCCAGCUACGGUUUACUGCUCUGCAUGUUUGCCCCGAAAUGUUUCAUUAUUCUUUUGAGGCCUGAGAAAAAUACUAAGAAACACCUGAUGGCCAGAUAGUUUUCUUACUUGAAUGUGAACACGAUUUCAAAUUAUAUGUGCUUGCACAGCAAUUUGGUAAAAGAGUGAUCUUGAACAUGUGUAUGUGUUAUGCCAAUUCCUUUCAUUAAAAUAAUGAUAAUAAUUCUUCAUGUGCCAGACUUAGUUAAGCUUUUAAUUAAUUUAACUGACGUACUUAAUACAGAUGUUGCUCUGCUGUCAUUAGUUGUUGUUCUUGUCUUGUGCUUUUUGAUUAAAUACUGGAUUGA